AUGUCGUCUUCAAAGAUAUCAAUGAUUAGGCAGAUUGAUGAUUCAAUAGAUAAGUGGAAGAUUGUUGCCCGUGUUAUUAGGAGAUGGAAUGCCUAUGAAAAAGAUUCUCCUACUGAUCUUUAUUGUAUUUCAAUGCUUCUCAUUGAUGAAGAGGGAACGAGGAUCCAAGCAUCCAUUACUAAUAAGAGUGCUUUCAAGCUAUAUGAGGACAAAGCUUUAGAAGGAAGGAUCUAUUUCUUUACUAAUUUUUCUGUGACAGGUAACACUAAGGAAUUCAGGGCAACUAAUCAUCCAUUUAAGAUUACAUUGGGCAGACACACAUAUGUGAAGGAAAGGGAAGCUAAUAUACCUGAGUACUCAUAUAAUUUCUUCCCCAUAUCCGAAAUCAUAAAAGUCAUUGAUAAGAAGAGGGUUGACUAUCUUAUUGAUGUGAUUGGAUUUGUAACUUCAAUUGGCCUACUGGAAGAAUUCCGUAAUAAUUUUGAAAUAAAGAACAGGAUGCGAUUAACCUUGUCUGAUAACCUGGAAAACAUUGUGUCUUGCGUCUUGUAUGAUGAAUGUGCAACAGAUGUGUGCAUGAUUGACUUCACUAAGUUGGAUGCUCCGGUGGUGAUGAUUAUUCAGCUAGCCAGAGUUGGUUUUAAUGAGAAAGUCUAUUAUUAUGUUAUUUGUAUAUGGGAUAUGAUAAUUAUGUUCCAUAGCAGUGCAAAGUCGUUACCUUCCCCCAUGAUUAGCACAAUAUCUGCAAGUCUACCUUCUCAAGCAUCAAAGGCAUCUGAAAGCUCUCUUAUUGGGAAACAUUCCCUGAUCUCGAUUGUUGAUAUAGCAAAACAAGCUAUGGGUGAUUAUUUCUGGAUCAAGUGCAAGGUCAUUAAAGUGGAUACAGGGCAUGGAUGGAAAUAUAUAGGGUGUUCUAGAUGUGGCAGUAAGCCUAAAGAUGAUGAUGUCAAGCAGCCUUGCAAUAGCAAGUCAUGCAAGAACAAGCCAACUACUUAUGAGUCUAAGCUGAGAGUCCAUUACACAGUUAUGGAUGAAUCUGGAAAGGUUACUAUUGUAUUUUUUGACAAGUUGGCUGUUCAAUAUAUUGGCAAAACUGCUGUUGAGCUAGAAAAGGGUCUGUCGAAGGAUGAGGAUGGGUAUGUUGAUGUCCCUGGUGAAUUAGAUCAUCUUGUAGGGAAAACAUUGUUGCUUAAAAUGAAGCUAAACCAAUAUAAUGUAGAUUUUCCCCAUUCGAGUAUUUUUGUUGCUACAUAUACUGAAGUUGCUGAUCUGAUGGACGAAUUUAACAGGGCUAGCGAUGUAAAUGAAGAGGCGAAUGAUGAGGGAUUUGACUAUGUAGUUGUGGAUGAGGAUUUGGCCGAGGGUAGUUUUGUGCCUAAGUCUGUACCGUGUGUGAUUGAAGAUAAGGUUGAAGAAGAUGUUGAUUUUGAUGGUGUUCCUGUUUCUGAGAUUUUACCAAUGGCCAUGUAUAAUAAGGGGAAGAGGAAGAGUGUUGCCAAGAAGAGCGUGGGGGGGGGGAAUAAAGGCCUUGAGCUCAUCAAAUGUUUCACCAGUUAA